GUGGCCAUGGGAACAGCCAAGAAACAAAUGGUAUGUGCAAUGCCAUGAGCAGAAGGGGUUAGAUCUCUCUCUGGUGAAAGUCUGAGUUAGUUGGUACAGCAAACUGUUUAUCUGGACCUGAGCAUGCAUGCGCACUUGGAGCGAAAGGAGUGGACUACGAAUCCCAGAAUGCUGCGAGGAGGAUGGCGCAUGCGCAAAUGUGACAUAGGGAGGAGAUGGCGCGCGCUCUCUCUCGGGAAGCGGGUCGGUUUGAAGCUGAGAAAAGAGAGCUCCAUGGAAACUGGGGCGGACAUUUUGCGGCUCAUGCAGCUAAUUACUGGAUGCUGAGUGAUAAUGGCAAGGCCGAUAAUUUCCCCUGUAAGUAUCAACUCAACAGCUCCUGAAACCUUUGUGGUACUGAACCAGAGAAUGAGGGUCGUUGAAGAGCAGACGAAUGCGCUUCUGAAAGAUCUACGCACACUGGAUGUGAACGGGAAAAGUGUGGAAAUUUUCCCUUCAAAACCCUUUGAGAACUCUGAAGGUCACCAAUCCAUCAGUCCUGUUCGUGCCCAAGCGGUAUUUGGUGGAACAAAUGACACACUCUGGCGAACCUGUGAGACUCUAGUGAAUCGGAUGUGCCGACUUGAAAGUGUUGUACAGACUCUGAAACUGAACAUGUUCCGACUGCAAACAGAAAAAGAGCUGAAUCCAAAGCAUGCAGCUAAUUUAGAACAGCGCCUGAACAUCAUACAGGAGGAACAUAAGGAAGAACUAAAGGUGCUACAAGCAGAGGGCCGAAUGUUAUGCCAGCAACUCCAGGAGUCCCAGGAAGAAGAAGAGAAAGCCAGAGGUCGAGUGGAAAGAUUGCGGGCAGCUUUGGAGAUGGCAACUGCAACAAAGGUACUGAAGCUUUCCAUAUUUUGCCAGACAUAGCUCUGAAAAUGGGCUGUCCCAACAGGGGCUAGCAAUCUUGCACUGCAACUCACCCUAAAGAAAUGGAAAUCUGAUUUUCUUGUAGAUUCCAGUAGCCUAUAUAAAAUAGUAAUUAUACGAAGUUUCGGUGGAG